CACAUACAAUUUAGUUACUUUCCCUCCCGUCUCCUCUCUCUUUUUCUCUCUAGCAAACGAACAAACAAACAAGAUAAGAGAGAGAAAGAGAGGAAGAGAGAGAAACAAACAAACACCUUGACUUGGUUACCUUACAGUGCAGGUAAAUCCAAUUGUAAAGAACAUCAUCUACGUCGUCAAUCAAUCAUUAAUUUAAUCUUCCACUCUCUUUCCCUUUCCUUCGUUCUUUCUUCCUCCGCGUUUGGGAACCGGGGAGGGAUAUGGAUUUCAGAUGUUUGCACAAUUCAAUUCUCUAAACCGGCGACUGUGGUGAAUUAGAAUCACCAUGAUCUUUACAAUUAACAUUACUAAUCUCAUUUCCAGUAUCUCUCGCCAUGCGUUGGCUUCAAAAUAUUUCCUUCUCUGCUUAUAAUAAUAAUAAUAAUAAUAAUAAUAAUUCCACGCCUUCGUCGCCGAAACCUGUUCUCUCAUCUUCCGCAUCAUCUUCAGCUACUACUGGUGAUCAUAAUUUUUCUUCGAAACAUCAUCAUCGAAGUUAUCUUCGAGGCGGUGGUUUAGGUUUCCGUUUCGGCACGCGUCACAGGAAGUUACGAUAUUUUACUGAAAAUGACGUCACCGCAGCACCGGCAGCAGCAACAGCGACAGCAGGACAGAAUAAUAGAGCUUCUUCCUCCACCGCAACCGCCGCUGUCAAAUCUUCGGCGGAGACGACAGCGGCUGCGCUGAGUGGUUCUUCAUGUGCUGCUGCUGCUGUUGUGCCUCCUAGAUUGUCGUCGUCGGUUCCUGUUCCUUUGCCCCUCCCGUUACCUGUUCAUUCUGGUGACGCUGAUUCGCGGAUACCGUCGCCUAGAGAGAAAGAGAAGGAACGUGACGGUGUUAGUUCAAGAGAGAGAAUUGACGGCGUUAACGGAGAUGGAUUAUCUUCUUCCAAUUCUCCAAAAGCUAGUAUAUUGGCUGGGCGACAAGGGAGGAGGAAGGUGGAUCCAUUGGAUAUAAGAUCACCAAGGAAGGUGCAUCCGGAUUUUAGCGUGGAUCAUUGUGCAGAUUACUCGAGGAUCAAUGCUCCAAUAAGGAGUGCGCCUACUAGUCCGUUCUCAAGUCCGCAGAAAUUAACAACUGCAGCUGAUUUCUUGCCUUAUUAUCAAAUGAUUGCUAAAGGAAAUCAAGUGUGGUCUGCCCCUGAGAUGGCCACUUUAGAUAUACCAGGCCUUCCUCCCCCUGCAUUUUUUGAUUAUACUGCUUUUAGUACUGAUACUUCUCCUCUUCAUAGUCCACCUAGUAGAAGUCCCCGCAGGAAUCCUAAAAGUCCUACUGGAGGACCUGCAUCACUAAAUGCUAGACUAUCUAUUGAAACUUCCCGUGAAUGUAAUGCUAAUCUUGAGGUUCACCCAUUGCCUCUUCCUCCUGGAGCUUCCAGUUCCAGGCCUUCAAUAUCAUCUUCUGUUCCCCAAGUUAUUUCUAAAGCAGAGUCCAUACCCUUAAAAAGUCAGUGGCAGAAAGGAAAGCUAAUUGGGCGUGGUACAUUUGGCAGUGUUUAUGUUGCCAGCAAUAGGGAAACUGGGGCAUUAUGCGCAAUGAAGGAAGUUGACAUGUUUCCAGAUGACCCAAAAUCUGCAGAGUCUAUAAAGCAAUUAGAACAGGAAAUUAAAGUUCUCAGCCACCUAAAGCAUCCGAACAUUGUGCAGUAUUAUGGUAGUGAAAUAGUUGGAGACCACUUCUAUAUAUAUCUAGAGUAUGUUCAUCCUGGUUCAAUUAAUAAAUAUGUCCGUGAACAUUGUGGAGCCAUAACAGAAAAUGUUGUUCGUAGUUUUAGUCGUCACAUUCUAUCAGGAUUGGCCUACUUGCAUAGCAUGAAAACGAUACACAGAGAUAUAAAAGGGGCUAAUUUGCUUGUUGACGCAUCUGGAGUUGUUAAGCUUGCUGAUUUUGGGAUGUCGAAACAUCUUACUGGACAGGCAGCUGAACUGUCUUUGAAGGGAAGCCCAUACUGGAUGGCCCCGGAGCUUAUGCAAGCUGUAAUGCAGAAGGAUACCAGCUCAGAUCUUGCACUUGCUGUUGACAUUUGGAGUCUGGGCUGUACUAUUAUUGAAAUGUUCACAGGAAAACCUCCUUGGAGUGAUUACGAGGGGGCUGCAGCCAUGUUUAAAGUUCUGAGGGAUAUUCCACCAAUACCCGAAACAUUAUCACCUGAGGGCAAGGAUUUUCUGCAUUGCUGCUUCCAAAGGAAUCCUGCUGACAGGCCAUCAGCAAGCAUGCUACUAGAGCACCGUUGGUUGAGAAACUCACAACAGCUUGAUUUUCCGUCUUCCACCCGGUCAAUUAAUGGGAUAAAAUUAAUGGAUUUAACACACAGUUCAAAUGGGUCUGAAGUUAAGCUUGAUCAGAUGCCAAUACCACCUGCGUCGCAAAGCGCAAAGGGAAAGGUGACUUCUGAGAGCUUCAUGCGUUAUUCUUUUUCUUCAGCGAGACUGCCAGAAGAUUUCAUCAUAAAACUUCCAACUUGACGGUGAUGGAGGCGCCCUGUUAUUCUCCUCGCUCUAUUCUUGAGGUUCUUCCAAUUUCAUCUCCUCCAGGUCACAACAUAAAUUAUGGCAACGCUUCUUCAUCUACUCUCAACUUGAGUAAACAUGGUGUUAAAAGUAGCCAUAUCAUAAAAUAACCAAGGGAAACGGAAGAACCUUUGCACGUUUUUAACAUAGCGUAAUUGAAGGAGAUCGAGUUUGUUGACAUUAAUAGGCUGGUAGUGACGGACGUAGGUUGUUGGUUUGUUGCAGUAGCAAAUCCUAUCCCACCCCUCAUGUGUAAUCAGAGGCUUCUGAAGUUUGAAAAGCUUCUUCUUCCAGCGAAUACAUUCAGCACCAGGGAUUUCAGAAGCAGGUUUUGUAUACUAAUCUAAAGCUUCAGCAAUUGCAGAAGUUCAUUUGUAUGUAUAUUUUCUGAGAUAAAUUCUUGGAUGUAUUUGUAGAAUUUAGAAAAGGGAAAAAUGAAAAAAGAAGAAAAGAAAAAAAAAAAAGAAGAUGGUUAAAGUCACUCUUAUACCCAAGGGGAGUUACAUGUGAGCAGAAUGAUUUAAGUAGUUUUCAGUCCAUUUCUGACGGUGUUCUCUCAACUCUUUAGGUUUUGUAAUUUUUAUACUUGAAAUUUAUACUAACUCAGAGGAUUUUUCCUUAUUGAGGCUGUUAGAAACAAAAGAAAGAAAAAAAGGAAGUUGGAAGAAGUUUUUUUCUUUUUAUAAAUUAUGUUAAUAUAUAGUUUUUUUAAGUUAUAAAUAAAAAAAGGCUCGAACUUGACAUCUUAUGUUAAAUAUUUAAUAAUACAAAAAUUUAACUUCAAGAUGAAUAUUUAAUUGUUUGGCAUGGCAUUAACAAAAUAAAUUGUGACCUUAGUAAUACCCUAUAUAAAGAUCAAAAAGCCUUUCAACAAGAGAUUCAAAUCUAUGUGUUUUUGAGUUGGUUUUAAAAACGAGUGAUUGCCCUUUUCCGAUUCUUACUGUUCAAUCUGAGAGCAGAGAAUUAAUACUUCCACUUUUUAAACAGGAUUUUAUAAUCGGUCUACAGUCCAAAUCACUGGGCAGCAUAUAGAUUUCAAAUCCAAAUGGUAGUAUAUGGUCCUUUUAACUAUUGUUUUUAAGAAAUGAUCCGGCCUAGCCCAUUCCUCGACAUUAGUUUUGACGGGAUCCCCAUCUACCAAACUUUCUUUUUCUUCUUUCCCCCAAAUCAACAAAAGCAAUUGUUCAAAUAAAAAGAAAAUUCAAGAAAAGCAAUAUUGAAUAAAACACUCCAAGCAAAUUUAUUUGGGCUUAACAUGAGUGGUCCAAAGUCUAACUUUCUUUUUUCAUUUUUGUCUGUUUAUUUUAAAUUAAAAUAUUAAUCCUAAAUUUAACAAAAUCUUUUGAGUUGGCGCCUUGAGCUGUGUUAAAAAUGUUAUUAUCAUGGCAAAGGUCCUAUUAAAUACUUUCUAAAUCAGUUGGACAACUCUGAAUAUUAAUCAUAACACAUAUAAAAUAUUUUUCACUUAUUUUCAUUAUGAAUUACAAAAUAUUCAGGUAUUUAUUACUCAAACGAAAAAUUAGAUGCAAAGGAAAAUAAAAAGAGAGUAAUUUAAUGUCAAACUUUCCCAUCAAAUAAAAACAAGAGCAAAAGUGCAGUCACGUGAUAAUAGGGCUUUGUUUUGGUAUGUUUCUUUCUGUUUCAGUUCUUUUAUAAUAUUUGCCCAAUCUCAUUUCUCCAUCAUUCUCUAUAGAAAGAGAAAGCCUAAAAAAGAAAAAACCAUCUAAAUUGAAAAGUUAAAAGAGAGAGAUGGAGCCACCUGCAUCACAGUCCAUAGAGAGGAAUAUUCAGGCCGGAGAAGAUGAACAAGACAAAGUUAUCAAUGAAUGUUGUUCUUGCUGUUUUGAUUGCUCAGAAAGCUGCCUUGAUUACCUCUUCUGCAACCUCUGUUAACUUCCUUCAGACUUUCUGUUGCUUGUUUACUUACUCGCUAUGGAUGUAGAAAUAUUAUCCUGGUUUUCUGUGACUGGAAAUUUUAUGAGAAUUCAUUCCAAAAAACAGUGCUUUUA